AUGACUACUCAAAACAUCAUAGUUACUCCAGUUCGUCCCAAAAGGGGAAGAGGGAAGAUUCAUAAGGAAGUGUUCAGACCCCGUGGUUGUACUUCCAAAGGCACGACAUCCAGAAGUAGCAGCAGCAGACAGAAGCAGCAGCACUUUGUGACAAAUUUACAGGAUUUGGACUUGAUAUUGAAACGGCUAGUAUUGGUGGAUUCGUAUUCCCUGGCAUUGAAGGUGGCACCACCAUGCUCAGUGGCUGAUGCUGCGCUAAUACUGGCUGUGGAGCAUUGCUUUCCAAAGCCUCUAAUUGAUCCAAAAACCGAUAAGUCUUAUCAACUGGUUUCGCCGCCCAGCCUUCUUUUGUUCUCUUGUGGUUCUUGGCACGAAGAUUCAUCUUGGCUUAAGUAUAAAGAUAGCAAAUUUUACAUUCCAAACGGUCAGGCAAAGACAUCUGAAAUGUGGAAGAACCCACGGGAUAUUUCUAGUCUUCAGCCAGAAUAUUAUUGCAACAUGCCUGGGCAAACACCUCAUGCUUCUCAUGCCAUCUCACCCUCAAAAUUGCCGUCACUAGAACACUUGUAUGUGAUUAUUACAAAGAUUUUAGUUGUAGAAUCUGUAACAGAAGAACAAAAAUAUGAGAAAUAA